UCGGGCGCGUGUUGAAAAGUCACCCAGUUUCCGCGUCAGCGCUGGUGUCCGGCGGUCACACACAGGAGCAGCACUUCACCACACAGCACCGUCAGCUCUCACCGGCUGAGGUGACUGGGGAAGAGAAGAAUGGUCUGGAGAGCGUUGUUGGUCUGGACGCCUGGUCUCGCAGUGCCCGGCUCUCCGAAAGAGUGUUCUUCAACUUUGCCUCGCGUGUUUAACAGCUAACAGGCUCUGUUUUGCUGCUGUGACCAGCGCGGGUCUAGUUUCUUUCUGACAGCAGCAUCUCUCUCUCUCUUCUGGUUUAGGCUGCGUGAGAGGAGACUUGUUGCACGCCGAACCGAGGGCUGUUCUCGGGAGAUUGUGAAAGCUUUAAACUCGCUUUUAAUGUUUUGAACUCGCUAUUAAACACAGAAUUAGCUUGGUUUUCAUUCGUCCGCGCUGCCUGAGCCCGUUGUGUCAGUAUGCUCGAGGGAGGAGGACGUGUGGAAGACUGUUCUCACUCCGACCGCCUCUCAGCUCAGUUAAGGAAACUGAACUAAGUCAUUAGCGAAGAAAAGCCUCUUCCAGCAGGUCUUGAUCUUGGGAUGAUCUGGAGCCUCAGAUUCCCUCCUAAAUCCGUGCCUGGUUGGUGGAGGACGCCAGUCUGAGCGCCACGCCGCCUACAAGUUAACUGUGAUCGCAGAAGAAAAGCCAGAAAGUUGGUUUUAUUCUGAGGUAUAGAGGCCUAGACUGUCCGUGAUGUCUGACAGGGAGUGCGUUGGGGACGGUGUCUGUGGGGACGGAGCUCCGGACCUGGUGCCGCCCAGAAUGAGCCGAGGAGGAAGGAGGAGUGGAGUGAUUCUCCAGGGAGAGAGAGACCCGGAGACAGCGCUCCUGGAGACAGCCAAGGCAGCGCCCAGGAGAAGCAGCAUCAUCAAGGACCCAUCGAUGGCCAAGGUCAGUGGUGGGCGAAAGAAAACAGUCUCCUUCAGCAGCAUGCCAUCAGAAAAAAAGGUGAGCAGUGCUGCAGACUGCUUGGCCUUCAUGCAGGGUGGCUGUGAGCUGAAAAAGGUGCGUCCCAACUCACGUGUCUACUGCCGCUUCUACACCCUGGAUCCAGACCAGGCCUGCCUACGCUGGGAGCCUUCAAAGAAGGACGGGGACCGUGCCCGGCUGGACAUCUCUGCCAUCCGAGAAGUCCGCACAGGCAAAAGCACCGAAACCUUCCUCCACAAUGGCCCGUCGGAUCACUUGGCUGAGGAAGCAGCCUUCUCCAUCAUCCAUGGUGAUGAGUACCAGUCGCUGGACCUUGUUGCACUAUCAGCUGAUGUAGCCAACAUCUGGGUGACAGGUCUGCGGUAUUUGGUGUCCCACCCAGGGGCCUUGGCUGUGGGAGGUGGAGGAGAAGGCGGAGUUGGAGAGGGAAGCAUUGGGAGUCGGAUGAGGAGAGAGUGGCUGGCAGCGGAGUUUGCUCAGGGAGAUGAGGAUGGACAUGGGAUUGUGUCUGAGGACACAGCAGUGGCCACCAUCUGUAAAAUCUGCCCUGGCAUCAAGGAAGCAAAGGUACGUCUACGCUUUAAGGAGGUCCAGCGCAGCAAGGAGAAGUUGACAUCCCAUGUGACACUGGAAGAGUUUCAGGAAGCUUACUGUGAGCUGUGCACAAGGCCAGAUGUCUACUUCCUGUUGGUGCAGCUAUCUAAAGACCGGGAGUGCCUGGACACACAGGAUUUGCGGCUCUUCUUGGAGACGGAGCAGGGGCUCCCAUUGGCCACCAGUGAAGGCUGCUUGGAGCUCCUGCGUCGCUUUGAACCCUCUGCAGCUGGCCGUGAGAAAGGCCUCCUGGGCCUUGACGGCUUCACCCGUUACCUACAGUCAGCUGAAUGCCAGCUAUUUGACCCUGAGCAUCAGUGUGUGUGUCAGGAUAUGAGCCUGCCCUUGUGCCACUACUACAUCAAUGCCUCCUACCGCUCCUACUUGCUAGAUGACCAGGUGCACGGGAGGGCUGAUCUGGGAGGACUCAUACGAGCCCUCCAAGCUGGAUGUCGAUGUUUGGAGCUUGGGGUGACAGAUGGCCCUGAUGGGGAACCACUUCUGGGGGUUGACCAUGGACCAGAUGGUAAACACCAUCAUCAUCACCACCACCAUCACCAUCACCACUAUAGUCCAGUCACUCUGCGCAGUGCCCUGGAAGUGGUCAACAAGUAUGCUUUCCUCACUUCCCAGUACCCCCUUCUGCUGUACUUGUGUCAGCGUUGCUCCCCUGGCCAGCAGCGUACUCUGGCACAGCAUCUCAAGAAGAUAUUUGGGGCAAAGCUGUACAAACCUGAAGCUCUGCCAGUCAGUCUCGGGGGCCGUGCCACCACACUCCCAUCCCCUGAGCAGCUGAAAGGAAGAGUGCUUCUGGUGGGCAAGAAGCUGCCUCCAGAAGAGGAGGGUUCUGAAGGAGAGGUUUCAGAGGAAGAUGAGGAGAUUGGUGGUGGAGGCCCACUGGCUGGUCGUCGGAUGACCAUUCCAGGGGAGGAGGAACUUGGGGUUGUCUUGGUUGUGCCCCCACCCCCUCAGCCAAGAAGACUCCGCUUGCGCAGGGAGUUGUCUGAUACAGUGGCAGUGGCUCGCACGGGUAGCCGUAACUUUUACGCUCACCGAACCAAUGCACAGCAAUCCCAGCAGCACUCUCCACCCUCGACCCCUUCCACUCCCAGCACCCCAGUUCCUCCAGAUCUCCCUUAUUGGACACUGUGCUCUCUGGGUGAGGGUGAGGCAGGCCGGUUGGCCAGUGAGAGCCCCGAGGAGCUGGUGAGCUUCACCAAGCGCUAUCUAACGCGAGUGCGGCCUAGUUCUGUCCGGUUGGACUCCAGCAACCCCAAUCCGCAAGGCUACUGGAAAGGAGGUGUACAGCUGGUAGCGCUCAACCAGCAAACCCCAGGUGCCAUGCUGGAUCUCAACCGAGGCCGCUUUGCACAGAAUGGAGGCUCUGGCUAUGUGCUCAGGCCAGCCGUCAUGCGAGAUGAGGUCUCAUACUUCAGUGCUCAGUCGCAGGGCUGUGUGCCUGGGGUGCCCCCACAAACUCUCAGGGUGAAGGUCAUUAGUGCCCACAGCCUGCCCAAACCACAGGGAUCUGGGGCCAAGGGUGAGGUCAUCGAUCCAUAUGUGGUGCUGGAACUGCAUGGAGUGCCGGCUGACUGUGCUGAGCAGAGAACUCGCACUGCUGCCCAAAACCAGGAUGACCCACUCUUUGAUGAGACCUUCGAGUUUCAGGUGAACAUGCCAGAGCUGGCUCUGCUUCGUUUUGUUGUUCUGGAUGAUGACUACAUUGGCGACGACUUUAUCGGCCAGUUCAGCAUUGCCUUUGAGUGCCUUCAGCCUGGCUACCGGAACGUACCCCUGCUGGGCCUUGCUGGAGACCCCUUACCCCAUGCCAGCUUGUUUGUGCAUGUGGCCAUCACAAACCGUCGCGGCGGAGGUAAGGCCCAGAGACGAGGCCUGUCUGUUAGGAGAGGAGCGCGGCGUGGGAGAGAGUACGUCACCCUGCGAAACACAGGCAUUAAAGUGUUGGAUGACACCUUUCGCCCAGCCGGCGCUCCACUCAAAGAGGCCGCUGACCUAAGAGAGGAUGCACUGAGUGCUACAGUGGCUUUCAAAGAGCAAUGUGGGCUCCCCCCAGUGGCAAAGCUCAAACAGUGCAUCCAGAGCCUGGCCACCAGGCUGCAAGGUCCCGAUGGGCCCCCAGGGGCAACUCUCAUUCUGAAGGAUGGUUACCCCUGCCUUGAGCCUCUGGGCAACCUGAAUGACACCACACGCAAACUUCUGAAUGCCUAUGACACGAUGAUCUCGGCCAAUAGGCAGCUAAUAGAGAAUGCGGAUGGCGUGCAGGAGAGGAUCGCUCAGGUGCAGAAAGAAGGCAUGGUAUACCAUGAGGAUCUGUCCAAGUUGGGGGAAAAGGAGAAUUUGAAGGGGAGAAAGCAGAGUAAAGCCGUUGAGAGCUUCACCUGGAACAUCACUGUGCUGAAGGGUCAGUGUGAUCUCCUGCGCACUGCUAAAAUGGAUGCUCUGGAUGCACUGAGGCAGCUGGUAUUGGCUUGUGAGGCCUGUGGCCUGACCGUGACCUCUGACCUCCAGUAUACACCACACAGCCUGACCCCCAGGCGGGGCAGUAGUCAUGGCAAUGGCCGCAUCUGAGGUCCCUUCCAGCCACUCUGGGACCACUCAGUGAUUCAUGAACAUGUGUAGAUGGAGUGAGACAGUUGAGAGAUGAAUGGACAGAUGGACAAAUGAUGGAAAAGACAAAACUCUUUUCAUUGGUGCAAUAGAUGAGAUCCUCUCAUACCAGGUUUUGAGUUGAAGUAUAACUGGCUGAAGGGCUUAGACAACAGGCCUGUGAAUGUAUAGAUCUGGUCUUAAGUACUUGGUGAAGUACGAGCCAGACAGUUGAAAAUUUCUCAAUAACAUGCCCAAAAUGUUUUACUCAAAAUGUUCUUACACAGUUCCAGAGAAGAACCAAACUAAUGUGUAACAUUCCUGCAAUACCUUUGAAUGGAGUGGAGAGCGCUACGUACUGUAGUUUGAGGCCUCUCACAGGGACCUCAUAAGGACUUUUGCUCUUUUUUUCAGUGGUAGUGCUGUGUCAUAGCUUAGUUACCAUUUCUGUAGAGUAAAUACAAGCUCUUGGAUUCACAAGGGACGUUUAAUAUCAACUGAACUAUUAGAUCAUCUGACCAAGUCAGAGCAGAAGACCAGCUUACAUGGUAAAUACGAUCCACUUUUAGAUGCCCAGUCUGCUCUCACCUCAGGGCUCCACCUCCUGAGCUGUCAUUCAGAAUUUGAUUGAGUCACGGAAGCUCCCCAGGAGGUAACACAGGCUGACACAUCUCUGUGCUUCCAGAAGUAUUCUCAGAUGGACUGCUCCAUCACGUUGAUGCUUGUCCUCUAUCUGGCCCAGCAGGCCUGGAACAUCUCACCUUCCCCAGUGGGCUGGGAUAGAUCUCCCCCUACCUGAUGGGAAGUAACAGGAGCUGCUUCUUGUCUCAUUAAAGAUACAGACCGGACAUGAGUUCCCAGUGUAAGUGCGUUAACUGAGCCCUCUGAUCAAACCCUUUACAGAGUGGCCAGUCGCUGUUCCACCAUGAAAUCCACAAACUGGCCAGAAUCCGCCAAGCCUACAAGUCUUCCAGAUUGGAAAGAUUGAAGGAUGUUUGAUUUUGUUAUUUUGUCUUGGCAUAAAUGAGACAAAAAAUAUGAAGCUGAAUCAGUCAAAAAGUCACACUGAGCACUGAGAGCCCAUGAAUAAAAACUCAAUUCUGCAGCGAGUACCGAAUAAACAGCUAAAACCUGACAGCGGCUGAAGAACACUGGAGCAUUAACCAAUGUCAUGGCUAAUGUUGGAGAUGAGGUAGUUUAACAUUUAUUAACAGUGUUGAUAUAACGGUGAUAUAGAGAAGGGAAAAGAGCAGUGCUUUAUCAACUGCUUUAAAUGAAACACAUAAGGAUGUUUUUUCGUGUUAGAAUUUGUUUCACCUUUCUCAAUGUUAACACAGUAAUAUAGAAAUAUAUAUAUAUAUAUAAUUUUUUUUCUUUUUAUAUGGUUGACAAGUGGGUGUGUCAUUAAGUAUGUGUGUGAACCUAUGUAUGUAGCUAGGUGUUUGUAGGUCUGUAUGUAUGCAUUUGUCAAUUAUAAGGGAAAAAAACUUUCUGAAUGUGAAGAACUUUUCUGCUACCUGAAGGAUUUGAUUGUUGCUUUCAGGAGGACUCAUGAUUGUUUAACAUGUCUGUCUUUAGUUUCUUACCUCGUCUCAAAGAGAAGAACCAUCUUGGAUUCACCAUUUAGAGACCAAAGGGGCAUUGCAUUUUCAAAGCAUGAAUGUGUACAAAAAUCAAUAAUAGCAACAGUUUGAGCCUUGUAGUUGACUUGCCUUUCCUCAUUCCACCUGCACCUUCUUUUUCCUUUCACUCUAUGCCAUUCUCACUCCAUUUAUGUUUAUAUGUACUUCCUUUAGUUUCUAGGUGAGAUACAAGCACCGGUGCACAUUGCCAAAGCCUAUUCCUGUGUUUUAAUCCCUCCCUCGUCUCUCUUCUUCCUCUGAGCAAGGGAUCUGUGUCACCGAGCUUGUAAAUGUGCGUGUGUUCUUGUAUGCAUCACCUACAACAGAUGUACUGAGAGCUAAAGUGCUUCUUAAUUAACAGUUAUCAUGUGUUGGAAAGAACCUCAGCUUACUCUUAAAACUUUCAAAUCCACUGCUCACCUAGUGUAGAACCUGAGGCACCCCAUCAUGGCCUGUAUGUGUGACCUGCCUCCUUUUUGACCAAGAACUUGUCCUGCACAGGAUCUGCUUACCUGUAAAAGGGCCCAUGGCUGAAUAAUGAAUGCCCAGCCACAGUAUUAGCUUUCUGCUUCAAUUUACAUGGCUCUUACCUCGACAUAAAAUCAACAUAGGUCAGAAGGGCAAUACUGUAGAUCCACAGAUCAAUGUUCAUGUCUGUGAAAUGUGGUUGGGAGUUAGAUAUACCAGAGUUGAGCAAUAGAACCCCAUAGAGGUUUGAUGUUCCACUGUUAAAAUGUUCCAAAGUUAAAUGAAAAGUUUGUGAAUUUUAACUGAAUAGAUUUUAUGGGCUGCUUAGCUUGAAGGGAACACAAUGUCUUUGAGUUUCUUCCAGAAGAUAUAAUGCAUCUAUUUGGGUCAAGAAUAUUUAUUAGCAGUACAUUGAUACUACCAAAUGGUGAAAAGCUUUAAGUUCAACAUUAUACAACAAACUGUAUCCUGUCCAGAAUGAACAUUUGAAGAACUUAAAUUAUUCCAUUUCUGUGAAACAUUAGUCGGGACUGUUAAUGAAGGACUUGAAUUUGGAAUUCGGAGUUCAUUUCUAGCUUAUCCCCUAUAAGUAGGAGUGGUCUAUUUACAUGUAAAUGAGCUCGAAAUUGUACUGUAUCCUUGAAUUUAAAUUUUGGAGUCCUGCAGUAUUAAGUGAAGGUGAACGCCUCAGAUGGUGCUUUGGUAUUCCACUGUUUAUUUACCGAAAUGGCUUUUCUUCAAAAGAGCAGCAUUAGUCCAGUUCGUCUUAAAUAGCUCUCUUGUUUUCUCUCUGUGUGACUACUGUCCUCUAGCACUUGGCGUGCUUCUGUUGUGUCUGCCUUUCCUCUGACUUUUACAAACAAAACUGUUACUGUUUUGUCUAACUGUUGUUAUCUUUAGUUGUCCUUGUAUAAACAAAGAGUAUUUAUUAAAGGUGACAAGUGUGUUUUAAACAAAUAAACUUUAAAGCGACCUUGCUUUUAUUUUGAAAAGCCAGUUUGUAUUCUAAAAGAUUAACAAAUAUAAUGUAACACAGAUGUGCCCCAGACUAAAUAAAGCUAUCUUUUACGGACUA